CACAUUGUCGAGAAGUAAUUGUUUCAAUUUUAGUUUCACCCCAGUAAACAAAAAUAAGAAUCCAUAUCUAUAGGCAAUACAUGUUUUCAUCAGCCAUUGUCUGGGUUGGCAAUUUGUAUUAUUGGUGAUUUUGAUUUUCACAGAGUAGGGUUAAUGCAUCUUAACGAAGGGAUCUGAAGCUAAUUCUAUUCAUAUUUUACGCAGGAGUCUUUCUAAAGUUACUGGUUGAACGGUUGUACCAUUCUUGCAAAGGAGAGCUUACAAAGUACAUUCGUUGAGGUGGAGCUGAAAACUGCUGAUUCAGAGGCAUUUAAUGCUGAUUAUGAUGGUUUCUACCCACAAAAAACAAUUCCCUGUAAGUCCUGCCUUCUACUGAACUUUUUCAUGUCAGUUCACCACUAAGGACCUUAGUGACUCGAUUAAUGGCUUUGGCCACUCUUCGAACUUGAUGUUGCACAGCCUUCCAUGAAUGUUCAGUAUUCAUACUCUUUGCCUGCUCUAUUGCAUCAUCAAUUCCUGGGAAGUACUUUGUUCCAGACACAUUAUGCUUGGCAGAUGCAUAUAUCUGUCCCAUAGAAUGUUAUUCCACCAUUGACUUGGACCGUUAGAACUUGCAAUCAUUUGUAGAAUGCCGACAUGGUCUGAACUUUUUACUUUAAGCUAUGUUGACGGUGUAGUGGGAAAUGGUGUCGAAAUAUGUAGGCAGAAUAAUAUCGAUCAGAAAAUGGUAAUAAAAAGUUAGAAGCAUACCAUAUGGUUAUACCAUGGUCUUGCAGACGUCCCUCUCGGUCAAGAAAUGCUCGCUCAGCCAUCAUUUUCCUGUCAUUGAUCUCCCUCAGUCUAGUGAAGUCUGUCUUCACAAUUGAUGCCCAUCUUCUGGUUUCUUCGAUCACCUAUAGAUGCCAGCAUACCUUGUUAGUUCAUUACUUGCUAUUAUCAAUCUCCUGUUGCAUAGGCCUAGCUCAUACAACCUUUAUCUCAUUGUUCAUUGUGGCUGCUGGUUUUGAUAGUGCAGCAACUGAAGCAAGGGAGUAACUGUGAUAUGAUUUGGUAUUUGGUCCUCCAACAGCUGUGGUAUUCUUGAUAAUGUCCAGGUUAUCGAAUCAUACACCGCCGAGGUUCUUUAGGGAUUGAUGACCACUUUGAAUCAUGCAAGUAAGUUAUUGUACUUCUUGGUUUGGGAUGAGGGUAGGCUGCAUGUAUCUUCAGACUAGAAGUAUUAUACUUCGAAAUACAGCGUGUUUGUUACCUCCUCCAUAAGAUAUUUUAUGGGACACGCUUCAGCAACAUGCUGUACAAUGCUCUGCAAAAUCCUUUCUAAUGCUGGAAUCCUGUUUGUUACCUCCUUUCAAAUACCGGUCGCCCAGGUAAGAGCGGCGACAGAGGUUAAUAACUUGUUAUAGUUCACGUCACCGUAACUUAGAAUUUAACAGAUUCGCCCUAACAAACUCUUUUAAGUAUAAUUCUCUAGCAUCUCGUGACCAUAUUUACAAUUUCCCAAACCCAGUAACCCACGACACACAUAUCAGCAACACAAAACGUCGGCUAAAAGCCAAAAUGCAAACAACAAAAGUAAAAAUUGUAACCAGACACAUAUAGCGACUUGUGGUGCCAAAGCCAUCCACAUCGAAAACCCACUUGACUAAGACUAGCAAUUUAGUAUCGAGCCUCUCUUAUCUAGACCGAGACACAAGCCAAUGGUCCAACGAAUCAGGCUUUUAAUUUCCACUAGAGCUCCAACAUCGUUCCACCUUAUGAAGUUCAGGCAACAAGUCGUUACGGCCAUGAUCAGGAGACUGACUUGUUCGUUGAAGGCCUCAUAUUCCCUCUACAAGAACCUUGUUCACAUCCGGAAAAGCAUUACAUUAGGUUAGUGAUUAAAAAGGAUGGGAAAAGUUGUAGAAGUGCUUACCCUAGUUGCCAACUUACCGUCCGUCAAAGCUGGACAUAUGUCGCACUCGUAAAUAACUAGAGCGUUAACAGGAAACAGAAUCACGUUUAACAAUCUCCAGUACAAUCUAUCCAUACAUUACAUGUAUUCUCUUUCGGUUUGCUUCAAAACCAUGAUAUUAACUUAACCUCAUAAACAUACAUCAUCAAGCUAGCUAUAGACCAUACUAUAUUAGCCAGGGGUCGACAUUGGAACAAUAUAUUCAACCCUCACAGAAGAAACACACAAACAAACACAUGCAAAAAAGAAGUAAAACAGCAGCUAGCAUCACUCACGGGAGCCAAACAACAAGACAACUCAACAAACAACCACACACACUCACCACCAACAACAAAAGCAGGGCACUCUGCCUUAGCCUUAUUCUAUUCCUCUCUUCUUCUUCUUCCACUUUUCUUCCCCUCUUCUCUUUUUCUGCUCUCUGCCCUCCUCUCCUCUGUGGCCCAAAUGAUAUAGUGGGGGCAGCACAAAAACCGCCCGUGAACUCUCUCAUAUCAUCAUCUCACAUUCUCACUCUCUUCUUCCUUAACUUCCUUGUCCUCUUCAAGCUCAAUGUCACUUUCCACCCAUAACCUCCCAGAAAAAAGUACCCUCUCUCCCUCCAUAAAUAUACACACACACUCAUAACAAUAACAGAGGCCAUGUUGGUCCAUAGACUUGCUUCAUUGAGUUUCCUACAAUGUCACUCUUCCCCAAUUCCAUGUUUCUUCUCAUACUCCUGCUGCUGAAUUCAGGGCUAACGGCAUUUUGUCACACCAAGGGGCUGAGGCCGGGAAACUCAAUGGGAAACCAACAGGUUCCUCCUCCUCCCGUGAAUUCCACAAGGACCCAAUUCUCAGAACAGCAGUUCCUCAAGUGGGUCAGGUUCGUUGGAAGCUUAAAGCACUCUGUCUUCAGAGCAGCAAAGAACAAGCUCUUCCCUUCCUUCACCCUCACCGUCGACCGGAACCCGGCCGCCGGGGACUUCACCUCCAUUCAGGACGCCGUCGAUUCCCUCCCUUUCAUCAACAUCGUCCGGGUCGUGAUCAAGGUCCAUGCAGGAGUUUACACAGAGAAGGUGAGCAUACCGCCGUUGAAGUCAUUCAUAACGAUAGAAGGUGCUGGGGCGGAGAAGACAAUAGUACAAUGGGGGGACACAGCCAAAACCCCCGGCCCAAGAGGACACCCAAUGGGCACCUACGCUUCCGCCACGUUUGCCGUCAAUUCCCCCUUCUUCAUAGCCAAGAACAUCACUUUCAAGAAUACGACGCCGGUUCCAGCGCCGGGAGCCGCGGGGAAGCAGGCGGUGGCGUUCAGGAUAUCGGCCGACACGGCGGCGUUCCUGGGGUGCAGAUUCCUGGGAGCGCAAGACACUCUGUAUGAUCAAUUGGGGAGGCAUUACUACAAAGAUUGCUACAUUGAAGGGUCCGUCGAUUUCAUAUUCGGCAACGGAUUGUCCCUCUUCGAGGGGUGUCAGGUUCAUGCAGUAGCGCAGUAUACAGGGGCGCUAACGGCGCAGGGGAGGAGCAGCCUGUUGCAGGAUACAGGGUUCUCGUUCGUCAACUGUAAGGUCACGGGGUCGGGUGCCCUUUAUCUGGGGAGGGCUUGGGGUCCUUUCUCGAGGGUCGUUUUUGCCUACACUUACAUGGACAACAUCAUCAUCCCCAAAGGCUGGUAUAAUUGGGGAGAUCCUACUCGAGAAUUGACUGUUUUCUAUGGCCAAUACAAGUGUAGAGGGCCCGGAGCUAGUUUCGCCGGCAGGGUGGCGUGGUCCCGAGAGCUCACCGACGAAGAAGCUAAGCCCUUUCUUUCGCUCAGCUUCGUCGACGGCUCCGAAUGGAUCAAAUUGGAAAUAUGAUAAGAGUUUUGGGUCCUUUUGGAUAUUUUUUUCACUCCCUAGUAUGAUAGUUGUAAUUUUUUUUUUUUUUUUUUACUCAAGUCUAUUUCUUCUGUUUUCCCCCUUUAGCUUUGUAAAAAGGAAAGCUAGGUUCUUAGUUUUGCCCAUUUAGGGCCUUUUUAGGAUUUAGUAGUGGGGAUAAUAUUUACUUAAAGCGGGGAUAAGUACUCUUAUCAGGAGCCAUUUCCUAAUGAUUAUAAUAAAUGCUAAUGGCAAGG